GAAUAGCCGAGACGAUGGAAGCCCUCGAAGCGUGCGAAGCGUACAAGGCCAAGGCCCGCGCGUGCUACGGCAGCUGGUUCGACGGCCUUCUCAAGGGUAACUUUGUCCAGUCCGACUGCGACCAAGAGACGGAUGACUACAAGCAGUGCAUCCUCGAAAAUAUGGAGAAGAUGAAGAAGGACGCCGCCGCCAAGGCAAAGACGCAGAGCGAUGGCAAGCCGUCGGCGUAGACGACGCUCAACACACGCAGCACAAUUCAACUCUAGUAGACGCUUUGAUCACAUUUAUACGGUCCAGGGCUCGCACUGCAUGCCCAUGAGCUUGGUGAUUUGCGUCUUGAUCGCAUCCUCGAGCG